AUGAAGGAGAACGAGAUCCUGAACGAAUACUUCAACAGACUCUUCGAGUUGGUGAGUCGGAUGAAUUCACAUGGUGAUAGGAUAAAAGAUUGCAGAAUUGUUGACAAAAAUCUGAUAAGUUUGGCAGCAAGAUUUGACCCAAUGGUGGCUGUGAUAGAAGAAAUCAAAGAUCUAUCAACCAUGAAUGUUCAAGGGUUGAUGGGGGUCUUUGAGAUCCUACGAGAAAAAGAUGUUACAACAUUUAAAAAAAAUCCAUUGAGAGUUCCUUUCAGUCUAAACUCAACAUUCAGCCCAACAAUGGUGAAAAUAAGCCCCCAAUACAAAAUAGAGGUUAGUCUUCUAGAGGUGGCAGAUCUGGAAGAGGCCGAGGUAGAGGAAGAAACUCACGAGGAAGAGGAAGAGGCGCAUAUGGCGGAAGAUGGCAUGAUGGAGCAUCAAAUAAGUGGUGCCAAAUUUGUAAGAGUAACACUCAUGACGAGAAGGAUUGCUGGAACAAAGGCAAACCGCAAUGCCACAAUUGCAAGAGAUUCGGUUAAAUUGGACAAUGGAGAACAUGUCGAAGUGAAAGGGAAAGGAAGCAUUGGAGUCACCAUGAAGCAAGUAAACAAAUUCAUACAUGACACGCUUUAUGUGCCGAAAUUAGAUGAAAAUUUUCUUAGCAGUGGACAACUUCUGAAGCACAACUAUUCUCUAAACUUUGAGAAUAUAGAAUGCAUAAUUUUUGACUCAGAAAGAAGAAGUGUUGCCGUUGUGAAGAUAACUAGCAACAAGAGCUUUCCAUUAUCUAUCAACUAUGAGAAAAUGUAA